GGCGGCUGGAGUGAGCGGCGGCCCCGGCAUCGGCAUCGGCAUCGCCGUGAAGGACGAGCAGCCGGUAACGAGGGGAUCGCAGUGUCGCCUCCGCCCGCCCGCACGCCAUUUUGUCGGCUGUCGAGUCCCACGUAGGAAAGAAACCGAUGGCUCAAAAGAUAAACGAGGCGCUGGAACACAUAGCGGCCGCCGAGAAAUGUCUGAAAACUGGCUUUUUAAAAUGGAAACCUGAUUUCGAUGGUGCAGCAUCUGAAUAUGCAAAGGCGGCUGUCGCAUUCAAAAAUGCAAAGCAGUAUGACCAAGCUAAGGAUGCCUACCUAAAAGAAGCUGAAUCACAUCAGAACAACAGAGCUUUCUUCCACGCUGCUAAAGCAUUUGAACAGGCUGGAAUGAUGCUGAAGGAAAUGCACAAGUUGCCUGAAGCAGUUUUUUUCAUUGAGAAAGCCAGCAUGAUGUUUGUGGAGAACGGAACCCCUGACACUGCUGCCAUGGCGCUAGAUCGGGCUGGAAAGCUAAUAGAAAAUGUAAACUUGGAAAAAGCUGUUGAACUUUAUGAACGGGCUGCCUCAGUAUAUGAGAAUGAAGAGCGUUUACGACAGUCUGCUGAAUUGAUGGGAAAGGUUUCCAGGCUGCUUGUCAGGGGGCGGAGGCUUGAUGAAGCUGCAGUAUCACUUCAGAAGGAAAAGAACAUUUAUAAGGAAAUUGAGAAUUACCCAACAUGUUUUAAGAAAACAAUUGCGCAAGUGUUGGUUCACCUACACAGGAACGACUACGUAGCUGCUGACAAAUGUGUUAGAGAAACUUAUAGUAUACCUGGAUUUAAUGGUAGCGAGGACAGCAUUGCAUUGGAGCAGCUGCUGGAAGGAUUUGAUCAGCAAGACCAGGACCAGGUUUUUGCUAUCUGUAACUCUGCACUCUUCAAGUACAUGGACAACGAUUAUGCCAAACUCUCUCUGAGCUUGAGAGUUCCUGGUGGAGGAACGAAAAAGAAGUUACCUGUGCAACAAGAAGGUGACCAAUCUGCACAAAAGCAACCUGAUGGUGGCGAGGAAGAGGACGAUGACUACUCCUCUGGAUUGUGUUAACUGUGGACAAAAUGUGUUUGAAAUCUCUUGGAUUAAACUGAAUUGUGAAGAAGUAGUGAAGGCCAAAGCUCAGAAGAAUUAAUUUCCUUUCCUAAAUCCAUGCUUGUUUAGUUGUAAUCCUGUGAGUAUCUGGUUUGCAUAGGAAUGGUGCAAGAUUAAUUUACAAAUUAUAUUGUGAAGCAUUUGGAUUUGGCUAACUGUGUUUAUGUAUAAUUUGAUUUUUUUUAUUUUGAAAAUGCAAUCUUAAAAAUGCAGUUUAUUUUGGUUCUAACUAGAUUGUUUUAAAUCUGUGUAAUUAAUCUGUUUUGGGAAUAUAUUCUCAACGUAAUGCAUCCUAAAUCAGUAUAGGAUCAACUGGAGAUUAUCUUUGAUGUCGUGAGACCUUGAUUGAUGACACCACUUUGUAAAACAAAAAGUGCUGAGCUUGGAAAUGUAUCACAAUAAUGUUCUGGUUUAAUUUUCCAAUCAUUGUAGAUUUGAAAUAUUAUUGUACAGUUACCAAAAGGAUGCUGCUUCCUUAAGGCUGCAUAUCAUGACGUUAGUCUUCUAUGGUUAUGCUAUGGUGUGAGAAAUAUUUGUUUUCUGAUAUUCAGUGUUUAUGGUUUAUUGUAAAUGUGUGUAUAUAUAAUAAUUCAAUUAAUGUACAAUGGGCAUGGUUCAGCAAUCGCUAGUUAAUGUAUCCUUUGUGAUAAUUGCCAACUUGCAACAAGUUUGUUUUGUAAAUGCAUUUUUAAUGUUAGCCCUUUUAUCUUGAACGAAGAUUGUCAUCAAUAUCUGCAGUAGCUUUUGGUUAUUUCAUGGUAAUAUAAAUACCAGACAAAAUUUGUAAUUGUCUUGCCUUGUUGCUACUAAGAAAGUAUCUAAGAAAGCUACUAAGAAAGUAUCCAAGAAAAGAUCUGCAAGAGCCUGGUGCUUGUUAUCUAUCUGUAGUUGGCAAUGAUGUUCCCAUGUAAACACAAACCUGCUUUAUGUACACUCAUUUGAAAUCUUGUCCUAGUAAAGUAUACUGGCAUGAU